CACGAGUCGAGAUAUCUGUAGAUAUUACCACCAGAGCCGUGCUUGCUCAAGAAUCCAUCAAAAGUUACCGUCGAAGCUGUGGGGAACGGUGCCCGGAUGGCUUCCAUUCAGGAUGAUGAUGAGCUCUUGCUGGCUCGCAUUGGGUAUAAACAGGAACUGAGACGAGAGUUUUCCAAAUGGUCGACCGUGUCUUAUGCCAUCUCUAUCCUGGGCGUGUUGGGAUCGGUCCCUGCGACCUUUGGGUCCCCAUUGGCAGCGGGAGGGCCGGCCACAGCCGUGUGGUGCUGGUUUUUCGGCUCCUGCAUGGCCAUGUGUAUAGGUAGUUCGGUGGCAGAGCUGGUGUCGGCGUACCCUACAGCAGGAGGGAUGUAUUUUGUCACCAAGCAUGUUGUCCCAGAGGAUCAGGUCCCCAUCUUCUCGUGGGUGCAGGGCUGGUGUAACCUCCUGGGACAGACUGCUGGCGUGUCCAGCGUCGCAUAUACCGUCAGCCAGAUGCUGCUUGCCUGCGCCAGCAUGAAUUCAGAUCUCCUGGGUGAUGAGUAUUCGUACUCACCCACUGCGUUGCAGACCGUGCUGGUCGCCAUAUUGAUGCUGUGCAUCAUGGGCGUGAUAUGCUCCUUGACCACCAAGACACUGCAUCGGAUCAUCCUCUGGUUCGCGCCGAUUAACAUUUGCGCGACCAUCUGCAUCUGCAUCGUGCUGCUGUGUCUUACUCCGGACAAGCAGCCGGCCAGCUGGGUCUUCACUCAUGUCACUGAUGGAUCGGGAUACGGAUCGAAAGUGUUCUCAUUCUUCCUUGGAUUCCUGUCUGUCGCGUGGACUAUGACGGAUUACGAUGGCACAACGCACAUGUCCGAGGAGACCCACGACGCUGCUGUCCGAGGACCAGUUGCCAUCCAGACAGCUGUCUUGGUGUCUGGAGUCUUUGGCUGGUUUCUGACCGUGACCAUGUGCUUCUGCUUGACUGAUUUCGAUGGCAUCCUGAACUCGCCCACCGGGCUCCCUGCAGCCCAGAUCUUCCUCAAUGCUGGCGGAAAGAAAGGAGGCACAGUGAUGUGGGCAUUUGCCAUUCUGGUCCAGUUCUUUACAGGCUGUUCCGCGAUGCUUGCAGACACAAGGAUGGCGUACGCUUUUGCUCGUGAUGACGCGCUGCCGUUUUCCACUUUCUUCGCCAAAGUGAAUAGAUACACUCACUCCCCGGUUAACGCGGUCUGGUUUGUGGUAUUCUUCAGCGUCUGCCUCAAUUGCGUCGCUAUUGGAUCCACACAGACCGCAACGGCCAUCUUCAACAUCACAACUCCCGCGCUGGAUAUCUCUUAUGUAUCGGUAAUUUUCGCGCAUCAGAUUUACAAAUCGAAAGUUCGAUUCAUCGAGGGCCCCUUCACACUGGGCAGAUGGGGGACCCCCGUCAAUAUCGUGGCUAUCGUCUGGGUCGCUUUCAUCAGCACUGUGCUUUUCUUUCCUCCUCAGGUUCCGGUUACAGCGGCGAACAUGAAUUAUGCGAUUUGUGUCGCGGCGUUCAUUGCAGUCUUUGCGCUGGUCUGGUGGUGGAUCUCCGGUCGUGGCAAAUACACGGGCCCUCGAACUAGCGACAUCAUCCGGGAGAUCCCCACAUCGGACUUUGGACACGAUUAUGGUACUAUGGACGUGUAGAGACAUCCCAAGAAACGAGAAGUAUGACAGAUUUGAUCGUUUUUCGCUACUACUACUGUUAUGAGACCAUUGUGACGGCGAUACUACGAAAAGGAAGAAAGGAACACGCCAAGCGAACCCACAGUUACGUGCAUCUUCCUCGUGCAUGAACGAAGUGUCCCCCAUGCGGUCUUCCACCAGCUGGUCAACCACUACACCAUGGUCUAGGUAUCUAGGUCGUCACAACUCUGACGGCUAUGUUUGGAUACCCUGGGUAUGUUAUGGAUGGUGAUGGAGUCGGGUUCGGUAUUGUCGCUCCCAUUCAUUCUCAGUUGGUUCCUAUUACUUCAAUUUUUACAUUAGCACGCUGCGUCUCAGCCCCAAGUUUGAUAUUAUGGAGAUGAACAAGGGGGGAAUAUAAUAAUAUAUCAAGGAUAUUUUCAUUAUUAGUGCAAAGACAUGGAACAGCAAGUCAAGUAAGAUUCCUACGCGACAAGCGACAGAGCCUCGGAUUGUUGCCCAUAAAAAUGACCGAUAUCGUUGGACGACUUGGGGCCUGGUGGUGCUUGCGGAGAGAACUCGGGUCUGGGAAGGGCUUGCUG